UAGAGUGGAAUCCAUCUCAAUUCUAGGCAACUCCUCUAGUGGAGAAAGGAAAGAGUAGACGAUUUCCGUCGUCUUUCUCUUUCUCUCUCAUCAUUCUUUUACUUUUCUGAGUUUCCAUUAUACUAAUUUCUUUCCAGUUUUUAACUUUUUGCUUCGCCAAAACCUUGAUUUCAAUCGCUUGCUUCAUCACUCGAUGUUCAAAUUCUGGGGAUCUCAUGACCAAGAAUCACAAUCUCGUCCACAGGAGGCUCCUCCACAAUCAUGGUACCCUCCCUUUGUAAACAAUUCCCCAAGUUAUUCUCGACCAUCAAGUGCUGGUAGCAAUGCUUCUAACAGCUAUAAUCCGCAGAGGCCAUUUGAAAGGCCACAGUCCCCUUCACAUGUCUCACCUGCUGAAGCUGCUGGAAUAAUUUCAUCAUUGAAGGACAAGAGUGUUGAUGAGCUACGGAAACUUUUGACUGACAAAGAGUCGUACAACCAAUUUUUACUUGCUCUUGACCAAGUCAAGGCUCAAAACAAUGUAAGAGAUGAAUUACAGAAAGAAAUGCUCGAGCUUGCCCGAUCGAAUAUGGAUAAAGAGCCACAGAUGGUGGAGCUGAGGAAUCAAUGCAGAAUCAUCAGGACGACUGAGCUUGCUGCAGCCAUGGAAAGACAAAAUGACUUGGAGAAGAAAAAUGAUGAUCUACUGAAGUGCUACUCUUCAGUGUCUCUUAUGCACAGAUUGGAAGAGGAAAUGAGGAAGACAGAUAAGGAGUCUGACGACCUUCACAGCCAGUUCCUUGAUAGGGAGAUUGAGCCUGUGGCUUUUCUCCAGAAAUACAAGAAACUACGAGCUCUGUAUCACCGGCGGGCAAUGACGCAUCUUGCUGCCAAGACAUCUCCAAUGCCAUGAGUCCAUCUGAUGCAGAUGUUUGGUAUGUUUAUAUGUUUAUUUCACAUGAGUUGGUAUCUGCGCUUGCUCGCAUGUGAAAAUUUGUAUCUGUAUCUUAACAUUCAAUCUUUCUUUCUUUUCCUUUCGUUGGUUUAACGAGUUUGGUUUAUAUGAAAUAAUGACCAAUAACAACUGUUUUUUGCCAAGUGCUAUAUAUCUAUACAUAUAUAUAAUUCAUGCA